UAAUUUUGAGUAGUGGUCAGUGUGAAACGUCAUUCCCGGGAUAAACGCACUCACUACAACAACCAGAAUUCAAUGCGCAGAUUAACAAGAGCCUCGAGUCGAGACAGGUUUGGUUGCAUUGGUUAGAUAGGACAACUGAACAAAGUGAAUCGGAUUUUUUUAUAUAUAUAUAUAUAUAUAUAUAUAUAUAUAUCUUAGUGUUGCAGCCCAACAUCAAGAUUUUGUUACCAUGGAGCCCUACAGAGACGAUAACCCACCGAAUGACGCAAAGCGUUUGACUGCUGGCUGUGAACAGACAUUUAUGGGUGGCCUGGCUUCACAGUCUGAGUUGAAUCCUCCAUCUGACAAAUUUGAUGCUGUACCCCCUGAGCAUCAGCCAACAGGGAAACUGAGGAGGACUGCCUUAAGAUUCUUUGGAAGACGUAAAAGCAUUUGUGUUUUACCCAACUUCUUUGGCGGGAGGAACAAACAUUUUAACAAGUGGUCCUCUAAAAAUGGAGUUAGCAAGAGUAAAACUCAUGAUGGAUUUAGCAAGACAAGUUGGGAGGAUAAUCUGGGAACUGGAUCUGUCCCAGCAGGAUAUUUGGAGUAUCACAGUCAGAAAGAUCCAGCAGUAAAGAUUCAUGAUACUUGUUGUAGUGAAUUGGGGCACCCAACUGGUGAACCGAAAUCAUUCUCUCUACCCAGGCAGAAAAAGGGUUUGAGGGGACUUUUUAACAGCAUUAGGCGUCAUAAAAAACAUAGAAAUAGUGAUUUUGAAAACAAUGAAAUGUCUCAUGUCUGCAACAAAGAGGUGCGUAUCGCCCAGAAUAACAAUGACCAAAAUGACACUCUGUGCCUGGGAAUUCUGUCUGAAUCCAAUGUGCCUGAUUUGGCAAAUGUCAAAGAUUGUUUGACAGUUGCUUCUGAAUGUAUUAAUGUUGAUGUCAUAGUGUCUGACAAUGACACAGUGAAUCAAGGGAGUCUGGAUUCUCUGACAAAAGGAGAGGCAAAGACGGAUCAUCAGAGUAAACAUAAAGUGACACUCCAUGCAAACACAGAAACUACUACUCUCCCAAACUCAAACCUUGAAUCUUCAGUGAAUGUCCAGUUGCCUACUGUGUCAUCUCAGAUGAGCUUGAUUUUCUGUGAUGUGGCUUCUCUGAAGAGUUUUGACUCACUUACUGGUUGUGGUGACAUAAUAGCAGAUCAAGAUGAUGACAGCAUUGCAGAGAGCACAGUCUCUGGGGAAAGGAGUCGAAAUGCAGGCAAAAGGAGUUCCUGUUGUGUUACCUACCAGGGUGGAGGAGAAGAAAUGGCCACUCCUGAGGUGGAUGGGGACUAUAUCCAAGCCCUUUGGCAAAGUGAAGGUGCAGAGGGUGUUUGCUAUACCCACAGCAAGGAACAAAACCUCAGUGAAAGUCCUAGGAUGUCACCAGAAGAGCCAUCUAGCUCUUAUAACAUGGACAUCAGCAGUAAUAGCAAUGGUGCUCUUGGAGAUACAGAGACCAGCCUUACAUCUGUGGAUGUCAUGACUCCACAGAGUGACCAUCAAGAGUCAGUUCCUAACAGCGAUGAGGGUUACUAUGAUUCUACUACCCCAGGACAAGAUGAAGAUGGACAUGACAAAGUUGAUAGGAUCAGGACAGUUUCACUUCCAAGAGACAGUUACAGUGGUGAUGCUUUGUAUGAGCUUUUUGAGCCUGAUGACAGUCUUAUCAGUCCACCCUUUGAAAAAUCUAAACUGCCUGUGCCUGAUCCGCUUCAGUUUUUAGACAUACCGGCUCAAUGCAGUGAUGCUGUGGUUGCUGUUAAAACAGGUCUAAAUGAAGAGGACCGGCUAACUUUGAUCCAGCAGGACCUCCUCUGUGCGGAGCUGCAAAAUAUGUGUAGACCUUCCAAAGAGCAGACACUGUUUACCAAAGGGAGGAUCCACCAAGAUUGUUUUACCGAAAGCAUUUCAAAAGUAAAUACAAAAAGCCAAUCCUCUAUGAAAGAGGAUCAGGUCAACGCAGAGGCUUUGAAUAAAAAGGUUAACAUCAUGCUACAUGGAUCUCAUGCCUUAAAAGAAAAUGUAAAAGUCUGCAAUGGUGGGAAGAGUGGGAAAAUGCCUAGCAACAACUCAUCAGAUGCAGUUUGUAGCACCCAGUCUUCAAAAAUGUGUCAGACACAAAUGUACUCAGAGCAAAUUAAGCCUGAAUCCCCACAGGUAGUAGGAUUUCAUGAUCCAUGUAAAAAAUCUAAUAAUGACUUGAAGGAUGAACAGACAGUUUGCUUCUCCCAAGCCUUAAUGGAUUUUUCAAAACACUCCAAUUUUUGUAGUAAUUCAAAUGAAAGCUUGGGAGGCUCUGAGUCAGACUCUCCAUUUGCCCAAAAUAUGCAAGCCCUACCUGCCAUCAUCACAUUUGAUGUUGUGGACAUAGAUAAUGAGGGGGAAUAUGACCAACAGAUGGAUAUGGAGGAGGAAGAUAUCACGUCACCUUAUGAAGUGUUUGAAGAAAGCUACUUGCAAAAGGAUGCAUUUGCAGAAUGUGACUUAAGAAUGUUUGAUCUUUAUGAACAGAGUCUCCUCAGUAAUACCUGGGGAAUUGCUAGCCUGCCACGUCACCUUAGCCUUACACAAGUUAAACAGUCAAAUCCACUAGGUCCUCUGCCGAGCCCUCUGGCCUUAAAUAGAAGGAGUAGAUCCCUGGACACAGAAAGCUUGGAGUUAGAGUUGACUGACAUGUAUUUAGGGAGUGGGGCACAAUUAACAUCUUGCCCCAGAACUGAAAAAAGCUCAAAGAGAGCAUCCUCACUUCACCGCAAAAAAAAUGGAAACAUUUCCACUUCAGAAAACAGUGAUAAUAGAAGCAUAAUGUUGCCGUCAUGGCAACCAGAGACUGAGGGUACUGUAACACGCCCACAAGCAGAUGGGAAAAGAACAGAGCAGCUGCGAAGUCUCUAUCAAACCCCAAACAGGCAAAUGGUAUCAUUCAGUCAGCCUGUCACUCGAGUCCCAAACUUUAAAUCACAUCAAAUCACAGCUAGCAACGUGACUGAUCGAGUAUCAUGUAAAUAUUUAUUUCAGAUUACAGAACCAUUGCAUAGGCCAUCCCACCUUUUGCAAUCUGAAUCCUGUGGGCUUCAACCCCCUGGUUGUCCUCAUGCCCCCUAUGGGAGAUCAGAUAAGGCAUCAGACGGUGGGGGUGAGGCUCUUUUUCACACAUCCACUGUUGGUUUGCAUUCUUACACUCAACACUGUAAGAUGAGGCCAGUGGGGAUCACACAGGGAAUGCCUCAUCUUUGCUCGGAGUCUGACAGUCCUUUAAGCUUAGUAGACUAUGAGCAACAGACAGACUUCACCAGUAAUGGAAGAAAAGCAGCGGAUAUGGUGUGCCCUGUUGGAUGUAUCAAACAAAUGUCUAGCACAAAUCCCUGAAAAUGAGAUCAAUUCUCUUCUAUACAUUUUUAAUACAAUGUGCCACCAAAGACACAAUCUGUUAUGUUUACAUCACCGAAAAUCGAAUGAUUGUCUGUUACUUUACUCACACAUGCAUAUGUUGUUGCUGGAUAAGCUAUUGUAUUUCACUGUGAUGUACAAGCCUUAGAAUUUGUGUUACAAUUGAUAAUUAUGCCUGUGUUAUUCUAUCAUUUUGAUUUAUCUUGUGAACAGCCAUCACAAUAAAGGCUGUCCCUUGCAAUAAUUCAUUAAUUGUUUAGGCCUGAUUUUGCCUUGCCUUGGCACAGGUUAAAUUGGGCUACACAGAUCACAUUGGUAACUAAACUACAUUCUUUUUCACCUGAUCACAGUUGUGUAUAGCUUUUAGUGUUUAAAAAAAGUUGUUUAAAUAAAGCUGUUGAUCACUGUCUAGGUGUUGGUACACUUAUGAUGGUAUUAGAUUAUAAUUGUUAGGCUAUACAUUUGUAAAAUAAAUCCUCAAUAUGCAGAUUUUGAAGUCAGGUAACCUUUUUUGAAAUCACAGAUAGAAAGAACAGCAUUGGCUAUGUAGCCUAAAGGCUAAACUAUAAACUGUUACAUGUAUAUUUGAAAUUGAGAAUUUCUGUCUUGCCUUGUUAAAUAGUUGUAAAAAUGUUUUGAUUAUUUACAUAUUUGGUUGAUAAAAUUUGAAAGUGAUGCUUUGUUCUUUAGAUCUGUAUACUGUUGUAUCUGCAAGUUAUUUUUAAUUUGUAUUUGCAAACAUUUGCUGAGAACUGAUAUAGAUAGGUCUGGAUUUUGCUCCGAUAAUUACUCCAAUGUCUGCAGUCAUAACUUUGAAACUGUAUGUCAUGUUCAUGUAAUAGUGCUGGUUGGGAUUUUGGGGAUAUUACCCCUUCCCCAUUUUGUCUAGCACUAUGAAGAAAUAUAAUGCUGCCUUGCACUUAAAUCAUCUAUAUGUUUGUUUAUAAGUAAAAAUGGGUGCAGUUGGGA